CUAAUAUAUCAAGUACUACUUCAUCCGUACGACCAGUUCCUUCACGGCGUAAAUGGUUUGUUGAUUUAAAACCUAGUAAACAGGAACGUUUAACUAUUGCUGCGGCAGCAACAGCAAAUAAUAAUGAUGGCGCUGUAGCAACGGCUGCGAACGAUACUGCCUCAUUAACAUCUCUUGGUUUUAGUGAACAAAAAGUUGCAGAUCUCAUACCACAAGAAGAUGAUGAUCGUUUAUUAGCAAGACGUUCAUGGGAUAUAGCAUUGGGACCUUUAAAACAAUUACCAAUGAAUAUGAUAUUUGCAUGGAUGGCUGGAAAUUCAUUUUCACUUAUGUCAAUUAUGAUUGUUGUUAUGUUAUUUCAAAAACCUAUACAAACAAUAUUUUCGCUUAGUUCGGCAUUCGCAUCAUUAGAACAAGAAGGUGUUGGUGGAAAUAUAUGGUUAUUAAAACUUGUCUAUUUCUUAGGUAGUUUAACACAUUUAGCAUUAGCUUUGUAUAAAUGUCAAUCAAUGGGUUUAUUACCAACUUAUAAUUCUGAUUGGAUUGCAUUCGCUGAUCAACAAACACAAAUGGAAGUAACUGCUGGAGGAUUUUCAUAUUUUUAA